AUGAUACAUACUGUUACUGAUACAGAAAUAAUAGAGAAUGUUUUGAAUCCUGAAACGUCAAAGGACACUGAUAGAGACAGUGAAGAGGAAGAUUUUAGUGAAGAGGACAAAAUAACUUUGGGAAAGGCUUCUUCAGUUUUUGAUACAAUAAUUAAAUUUGGAGAAAGGCAGCCAUGUUAUACUGCUCAGGAGCGUGAGAGGGGGGCCGCCCUAGCUCAGCGGCAGCCCGCGCCACCCGCUUUAGCUCCGCCCGGCCCCUCCCCUCGGCUCCGGGCUGCCUGGGGGGCUGGGCCUGUGCUGGCGGAGGGAGGGAGUGAGCGAGCGCUGGGAGCAGCCAUGAUGGAAGGCUCGGACGACGGCCCAGAUUUCCUCUCCGAAGAGGACAGAGGACUUAGAGCAAUAAAUGUAGAUCUCCAGACUGAUGCUGCCCUGCAAGUGGAUAUUUCAGAUGCUCUUAGCGAGAGGGACAAAGUGAAAUUCACUGUUCAUACCAAGAGUUCUUUACCAAAUUUUAAACAAAAUGAAUUUUCUGUUGUUCGGCAACACGAAGAGUUUAUCUGGCUUCAUGAUUCCUUUGUUGAAAAUGAAGACUAUGCAGGCUACAUCAUUCCACCGGCACCCCCGAGGCCUGACUUUGAUGCUUCAAGGGAAAAACUACAGAAACUUGGAGAAGGAGAAGGAUCGAUGACUAAGGAAGAGUUCACCAAGAUGAAACAAGAAUUGGAAGCUGAGUAUCUGGCAAUAUUCAAGAAGACAGUUGCAAUGCAUGAAGUGUUCUUGUGUCGUGUGGCAGCUCAUCCUACCUUGAGAAAAGAUUUAAAUUUCCAUGUCUUCUUGGAAUAUAAUCAGGAUUUGAGUGUUCGAGGGAAAAACAAGAAAGAGAAACUUGAAGACUUCUUUAAAAACAUGGUUAAAUCAGCAGAUGGUGUCAUUGUUUCAGGAGUAAAGGAUGUAGAUGACUUUUUUGAACACGAAAGAACAUUCCUUGUAGAAUACCAUAACCGAGUCAAAGAUGCUUCUGGCAAAUCUGAUAAAAUGACAAGAUCACACAAAAGUGUUGCAGAUGACUGUAAUAGAAUUGGUUCUUCAUUAUAUACAUUAGGAACACAGGACUCCACAGAUAUGUGCAAGUUUUUUCUGAAGGUAUCAGAGUUAUUUGACAAAACAAGGAAAAUAGAAGCACGGGUAUCUGCAGAUGAAGACCUUAAGCUUUCUGACCUUCUGAAAUAUUAUUUAAGGGAAUCGCAAGCUGCUAAGGAUCUCCUAUAUAGAAGAUCUAGGUCACUAGUGGAUUAUGAAAAUGCUAAUAAGGCAUUGGAUAAAGCAAGAGCAAAAAAUAAAGAUGUGCUGCAAGCUGAAACUACUCAGCAAGUAUGUUGUCAGAAAUUUGAAAAAAUAUCUGAAUCAGCAAAACAAGAACUUGUAGACUUUAAAACAAGAAGAGUUGCUGCAUUCCGAAAGAAUCUAGUGGAACUUGCAGAAUUGGAACUGAAGCAUGCUAAGGGUAACUUGCAGCUGCUGCAGAGCUGCCUGGCAGUGCUAAAUGGAGACACAUAAAACACUCUGUCCAUCCACUAACAAGGGCUGCCUUCUUCUGGAUUUUGUUUUCAUGACUUUUAAUAGGGAUUUACAUCUCACCAGAGAAAUCAGUUGGCAAAGUAUGCAUAAAUAAGCUCCUCAUCUCUGAAAAAGUGAAGACUCCUGAAAGCAGUUCCAGACUAUAUGAAGCAACAGCAUACUCAUUUAUGCACAUGUAUUCAGACACACAUUUAUUUAAUCAUUGUAUGCUUUCAUUGUUCAGAAAUCAAAUGUCCCGUUUCUUUGUGAAAGUAGCCAAUAUAAUUAUGUUCAUGUUAUGAAUAGUAUUAUGGUAUGGCUGCCAAUCUUAUUUACCUGUGUAAGUAAUUUCUGAAGUUGCCCAUUUGAAUGCAUUGUUCAAAUGGAUUAAAUAUUGCCAUUAGAUGUUUGAAUAUUGUUAUUAUAAAGCAUUGUAUGCAUUGUCUUAGUUUUUCCAUGUUCUGGUAUCAAGCAUCUUAAUGAUUUUUUUCCAAAUAAUGAACAUUUCUUAGAAAUUUUGGAGAACUUUAUGUAAUCUUUAUAAUUAUGAUUUAAAAGGAAAAGCAAAUGCAUUAGUAUGUUUGCCUUAACUUGUAGACUAAUUCCAAUUAUUGUAAAAUAAACUGUGAAAUCAGUGA